AGUGAAGGCGUUUCUAUUUCGGCGGGCUGCAACGAGCGCUCAAUCCCUGCUCCGCCCGAGUCUUGCGCCCUCUGCACCGUUUCCAGAACAGAUCAUCAGGUGGCUUGACCGUGUUCCUCUACUGUUUCUCGUCGAUUGCAUGCCUCCUUAAACAUUCCUUCACCAAAGACUCAAAUUCUGAAACCAACCAAGCUCGGAAAAAGAGGAUCCCAUCCCCUUAGACUUGGAUUGCCUCGUCACCUGUUGACAAUUUGUCCCUUGGAUCCAGGCUUUUCGCUCAUCUCACCGCCCUGUUCCUGGUCAUAUCCUUGCCUGUAUCGAUAAACUCCUGUUUGCGUGGUCUUCUCUAACUCGGAUUUCGCCUUUGUGUGCCUUAACCCCCCUUCUCCACAUCUUCCAGAACGAUACAACACUUGUGUUUCCAAGUUCGGCCCUGGACGCUGUUUUGGCAUUGACCAUCUUCACCUCUGCACUUUUUUGCGAGACACAUACAUAUUAAACCUCCCCCCCUCCCCCCAAAUCUGCCCGUCAUGUCAACUGCCGCUCAAGAAGAGUUUAACGACCUGGUCGCCAAGAAUACAUAUCGCGAAACCCUCCACCCUGAGGACCGUGACGAUCCCGAUCUCCAGAACCACCAAGAUCUUUCCGAAGAAGACGUUUUCCGUAACGCCCAGAUCGAUAACGCAAUGCGCAUGCCUACUGUUGAUCGCCUCACCGGCGCUGGCGCCUCCGAGAUCAAGCUCCCUCCUGUCUCUUUCGACAGCGGCCGCGCUACUGGCGUCAAGGGAGUCAUUGCCGAUGCGCGGAACUACGAGGCUGCCCGUAAGAACAAGUGGCGACACCGAGUCCGCACUGCCCGCAACAGCAUCUUCGGCAUUGAAGCUCCCACUCCCGUCAAGAGCGAUACCGAGAGCAGCGAUGACGAUGCGAAGAGCGCAAGUGAUGCCGACGAGGAGGCCUUCCUUGCUGAGUGGCGCGAGAGCCGACGACGUGAGCUUGAGAGCGAGGCCAGCCGAUCUGUCAGAAAUCGACGAACAAGUCCCAGUGUACGCAUCUAUGGCCGACUAGAUGAGGUUGAUGCCCUCGGAUACCUCGACGCCAUUGAGAAGGUUGGAAGGGAAACAACUGUUGUCGUGUUUGUGUAUGAUCAUGAGUGUGAGGUCUCUGCUACUAUCGAGUCAGCACUCAUGCCCAUUGUCAAGACCAACCCCGAGGUGCACUUCGUCAAGGUCCACUACGAAGAGAUAGAAUUCGAUAACGCUGCCGUGCCCGCUAUGCUCGGAUAUCGAAACCAAGGUGACCUGUUCGCCAACUUGACAGGCUUGAUCGAGAUGAUCCCUGACGAUGAGACUUUUGGCACCUCAUCGUUAAAGCAACUACUACAAAAACACACUAUUCUAUAAUGUGCCGGGUCAUGUCAUCUUUAUUAUUACCUUUACCACCUUAAUGCGGCCACGUCUACGACACACAAUCAUUAUAUAAUUCCCAUGGACAUAACUCCAAGUUGAUGUCUUUGAUUACGAUACCCAACCACUGCGGCAGGUCUACCUCGGAGAGGAAGACACGCUCAAAAUUUCUUAUGUUAUACUGGCAUCACGUUUCUUCGUUGGAAUAUGAAUGCAGCAGGAGGAAGAGUUAGAAUACUGGACCUAGCUAACUUGACUGAGAGAAGAGUGCACGAGCAUAAUGCAUGAUAUUGGAGCUUUUGGAUAGAAUUUGGGCUUUCGCAAUGCAGAUAGAGAUACCCUCCUACCUUUAUGUGGACAUGUAGACAUUGGGGUACUUGGGAUAGGUUAAUCCUUAUGGGAGAAAGCGAUUGAAUUCCCAUAAAAUUUAUCAUUUAUACUACCUCUCUUGAAUUUCGAAAUGCUGCUA